CUAUCUUACUUUGCCUCCUUGGGCAUCUAUCUGAUAAACCCGCUGCCUCUCUCUUCCUCUCUCUAUAUGACCUGUGCACCAUCUCCGGCGAUUACAAUACACUGAAAUUGGUCACCGACAUGGAAGGACUCACAUCCUGCGGGUUAGGAGCCCGCUUGCCGCUGCGAAUCCAUACUAAUUCCAGCAAAAACUACCCCUUUCCUCGCCGCCGGCCUGGUUCUUUCCUGGUGCUCGCUGCCCGCGAAAACCCGGAGCUCGAUAGAUGGGAGCAGAUGGAGCUCAAGUUCGGGAGACUUUUAGGCGAAGACCCCAAGUUAACCCUUGCCAAGAUAAUGGCAAGAAAGGAUAACCCACAUGUCUCUUAUCUUGAUGUUGAAAAGUCAUUUAGAAAGGACAAGGGCAAACUGGAUGAUCUUAUGGACAUGCCAACGGAUGUAUUAGUGGGGAAAGAUCUUUCUUCUCAACAGAGUCACAAGGCCCAGAAUUUACAAAGGCAGAGCAAACUAAAUUUGUCUCGCCCUGUCAUGAACAAAGUCACUAAAUCAAGCAUGCUGGAAGAAAAACCUAUAUUUGUUGAGGGACAUGAAAAACUGUUGCCAGGAAAUGUGAACAAGAAAACUUCAACUUCUAAUAUUUCUUUGCGAAAGCCUUCUGUUUAUCAUGAUGAUGACUUUGAAGAAAAUAGCUCAAACUUUAAAAUCAAGCCUAAUCUAUACUUUAAAAUGCGGUCAAGUCCUCCUCAAUCUUCUGGAGACGUCACCCUACUGAAGAAACCAGAAGUGGUCCAGGUUCCUUCAAUAACUUUUGAAGAGAGUAUAACUUUUGAAGAGAGUAUUAUCUGUGAUAACUCGGUUGAUAUGAGCUCUACGAGGUUGGAAAUUAUGGAUACUGAAGAUACCAUAGAUGGCUGUGAUAGAUCUGCAAAUUAUGAUAUUAAGGCAGUGAGGGAUAAUGAGAGUGAAGGGACUGCAGAUGAUAAUUGUGAUUUCAGUCAGAAGUCAUCUGAAUUGGAUGGUGAUUUGCUCAUAGGGUUACAGCUGCCUAUGCAAAAAGGCGUUCAACAAAAUGAUGCUCAAUUUUCCAGCAUAUCUUUGCAUGAGAACUCAAUCCGUCAUAAAAAUAAUAUCUCUAUGAAUUCUGCAUUGCUUGAGAAACCUGACAGGCAAGAAUAUUCUGAUAGAGAAGGUCUUUAUACAGCUGGAUUGGGGGCUACCAAUGACAACACCUACAGUAGUUCUGCUGAUGUUGUUAAGUUUCAAUCUGCUGAUGAAGAGAGGCGUCAAGAUCAUGAUUGGAAGAGGGCAGAAAGGAUGCUUAAGUUAGGAGAAAGAGCUGAAGUAGAGCUGAUUAGCUGCAGCAGCAGAGGUUUCGUGGCAUCUUUUGGUUCCUUAAUUGGCUUCUUACCAUAUCGCAAUCUUGGUACCAAAUGGAAAUUUCUAGCUUUUGAAUCAUGGUUAAGAAAAAAAGGUUUGGAUCCUUUGCUAUACAGGAAGAAUCUUAGCAUUGUGGGAAAUUAUGUUGAUCAGAGUGAGAACCCUGCAUUAGAUUCCAGUCAAAUUCUAGAAAAAGACAAAAUGCUGUCGUCGGAUAUGAAAUUCGAAGAACUCCUCAUGGCAUACGAACAGGAGAAAACAAAGUAUUUGUCCUCCUUUGUUGGUCAGAGGCUGAGAGUUUCUGUUAUACAUGCUGAUAGAAGUUCAAGAAGACUAAUAUUUUCAGGACGGCCAAAAGAAAAUGAAGAAUUGGUGGAGAAGAAGAGAAAACUAAUGGCUAAACUUAAUGUUGGGGACAUUGUAAAAUGCUGCGUCAAAAAAAUUACAUACUUUGGUAUAUUCGUUGAGGUUGAAGGAGUAUCAGCACUGAUUCACCAGUCUGAAAUAUCAUGGGAUAUGACAUUAGAUCCAUCAGCUUUUUUCAAAAUUGGCCAGGUUGUGGAGGCAAAAGUUCACCAAUUGGAUUUUGCGUUUGAACGCAUCACAUUAUCAUUAAAAGAUGUAACGCCAGACCCAUUAAUUGAAAGUUUGGAAUCUGUUAUUGGUGGUGGAACUUCUUUGGGCAAGAAUCUGGAGUCUGCACAAGCAGAUGUUGAGUGGGCAGAUGUUGACUCGCUUAUUAAGGAAUUGCAAAGGAUAGAUGGAGUUGACGAUGUAACCAAAGGGCGUUUUUUCAUGAGUCCUGGUUUAGCUCCAACCUUUCAGAUGUCUUGCUUUAUGUUUAAAGACCUGGCGUGUUUUGGAGAAAUUUUUAUGUGCGGAGAUCGGACGCAAAAUGCCGUCCGGAGAACAAUCAGAAUGCACCACGUCAGCAGUACCGAGAAGUACCUAGCCACGGUACCAAGUGCACGGGUGACAUGGCGCAUUUUGGUCUAUAUGGCUUCCAUGUUUGACAAUCAAUACAAACUGCUCGCCCGUUAUGAAAACAAGGUCCAAGAGAUUAUAGUGCAAGCUUCUUUGAACAAAGAACAACUAAAGGAUGCAAUUUUGACCUGCACAAAUGGGGUGCAGUAAUUAAAGCAAGAUUAUUAAAAUAGUAGUAGUUCUCCAUUUUAGCUAGAUUUUUUUUUUUAUUAUGUGAUCUCUAUAUAAAAUCAUGUACUAUUUGUGUUACCAUGGACUAAUGGAAUCAAAUACAAGGUAUUAAGUGUUGAAGCUAUGGUUCUUAUAAUUGGCAAAUUCAUAUUUGGAUGGAAAA